GGGUGUUGUUGCUGAUGCUGCUGAGCUCUUGUAUCCGAGGAGCUGCAGCCACGGAGCAAAAGAGAGUGAGGCAAAAAAGAAGAUAUCAGAGGGGGGAUAUAGGGACAACACCUAAUCAAGAAUUGAAGGACAGAGUGAAAGGUUUUAGCCUUCACACAAUAAAGCAUAAACAUGACCUUGGCAGCAUAUCGAGAUAAGGUGAAGGAGCUUCCUCUAGUGUCAUUUCUGUGCUCCUGCAUCUACUCAAACCCUGCAGACAAUCCCACAUACAAGGCCAAGGUGGAUCUCAAAUGGUGUGUGAUCAAAGAUAUGGAGGUCAUUGAGUUGAACAAGCGGACCUCAGGCCAGGCAUUUGAGGUCAUCCUGAAGCCCCCCUCAUUUGAUGGCAUACCUGAACUCAACACAUCCAUGCCCCAGCGUAAGGAUCCUUCUUUGGAGGAGAUCCAGAAGAAGUUGGAAGCAGCUGAGGAGAGGCGGAAGUGUCAGGAGGCUGAGAUGUUAAAGCAUCUUGCUGAGAAGCGGGAGCAUGAGAAAGAGGUCAUCCAGAAGGCCUUUGAGGAGAACAACAACUUCAUCAAGAAUGCCAAAGAGAAGCUGGAGCAGAAGAUGGAGGUCAACAAAGAGAACCGCGAGGCAUUGCUUGCAGCCAUGCUGGAGAGACUACAGGAAAAGGACAAACACGCAGAGGAGGUAAGGAAGAACAAAGAGCUGAAAGAGGAGGCCUGCCGGUAGAGGAGUGCUUGCUGCACAGGACUGCUUUGGCUAGUCAAGGGGAAAAGAAAUACACUGACAUUAACCGGAGAAACGAAAAAAAAAAACCCAAAAAAACAAAGCAAAUGGUAUCUAAUAAUUCUCAAUAAAGGGGACAUUUUGGACAUUGUUAAAGACAAUUCGCAACACAAUAAGCUUUUGUGGGGUUUAACAAGGCCAAAACUACUUAUUGUUAUUAAAAAAACUUUUUUUUUAUUUUUUAUUUUAAAUCAAAAUUAUUGUCUGGGUGGCAAUGCAAGGUGUUCUAAAGUUAUGUUGCUCGGUGGAGGACAGAAGUUGCUUGGAGCAGAUGAAAGAAUAAUGUUAAACUGAACUGGAUGAAGAUAUGCUUUUAUAACCUCCAUAACUAGUUCAGAUGAUUGUGUUAACCCAAAAACAACCAAAAACAACGUCUUACAAAGUCAUCCUUCAUGUUUAAAAAAUGUGAAAAUGAGCAAUCUACUGAUAUUGUGGAUAUACAUCCAUAUGUAAUCAUAGUUUAAGGUUAAUCUUCAAUAAUUACAAGGGUUUCACAGAACCUCAAGCAUGCCUACAUAAUGCAUAUUAUUGCCCAGUCAUUAUUAUUAAGCAAUGCAUCUGUAAUCCAGGGAUGGUUGGAAUUACUCACAAUUUUACAUUUCCUGCUGUGACAAAAUGAGGUGAAAAUGUGAAUAUUAGACUAGAACAUUCUAGAUGCCUAUAAAUCUGAAACUUCAAACCCCCUUGUGAAGCAAAAGUGGAGCACAGUGACACUUUAAGCACAACUCGAAAGCACAUUAAGCUUUUCGUUCAUUAUAUGUGUAUCGUGGUAAUCAGAAAAACAUAUAAUGGCAUCUCAGAAACAAAUAGAGGAUCUAUUCUGGUGUGAGAGUAUGGCUUACAAAUAAACAUACUGAUUCAAUUUAGGAAGUAGUAGUGAGGAGUGUGAAUGUUUAGGUUCAUGAAAGGUGCACUUUGCUUUGGCAUGUCACUGAGCAUUCUUCUAUUGGUUUUCAUUUAUUUUACUUGUUCUGUACAGAGAACAUAGGAGUUGCUGAUGUUGGCUGCAAGAUAAAAAAUUAGUUAUUGUAUUUGCAAUGAUCAGAUCAUGUGAGAUAAAUUAUCAUGCUCUAUCUGUUCGUAAUGCCCAGAUGACUAAAUUAU